UUUGGGAGCUGCAGGGACAUCCUGAUCCAACAGAAGAACUUGCCUCCUGUGCCGCCAUGAAGAAGUUUUUCACUUUCUGGAGACAGAAGAAUGAGCCGCCAGGCUACAACCUUCGAGAUAAGGACUUAAAGAAACUUCACAAAGCUGCCUCAGUUGGGGAUCUGGAGAAGGUGAAGAAGUACCUUCAGCUGAAGAAACAUGAUGUGAAUAUACGGGACAGAGAAUACAGAACACCUUUGCACCUGGCCUGUGCUAAUGGAUAUUCAAAUAUUGUAUCUCUCUUGAUUGAGAAACAGUGCAAAAUAAAUGUCUGCGAUAGGGAAAACCGGUCUCCAUUGACUAAGGCAGUACAGUGUGCCCAGGAGGAUUGUGCUACUAUUCUUCUAGGCCAUGGUGCAGACCCAAAUCUGGUGGAUUUAGAUGGCAAUACUGCUCUCCAUUAUGCUGUCUGUGGCCAAAGUAUCUCAUUAGUUGAAAAAUUGCUUGAAUACAGAGCUAAUCUUGAAGAUCAAAAUAAGGAUGGGUAUACUCCACUAUUACUUGCCAUUACUGAAAAUAAUGCAAAAAUGGUAGAAUAUCUUCUGAAGAGAGGGGCAGAUGUGAAUGCUUCAGAUAAGAAUCAAAGAACAGCCCUUAUGAUUGCUCUAAGUGAUGAACCAACAGAUUUAGUCAGUCUUCUUCUGCAGCAAGAAGUGGACCUGUUUUGCCAAGAUAUUUAUGGAUUCACAGCUGAGGAAUAUGCUUCUUUUAAUGGUUUUACUGUGUAA